CUAGCAUUCUUCGCACUAUGCUUUCUUCUUACUUCUUACUUCUUAUUGGACAAGGAUCGUGACGUGAAUAAGCGCCGGAAGUGGAGACAACGUUUGUGUGUAGCUACGGGGCGAAGGAAAAAAAAAACUUUGCUAUGGAGGCUCCAGGUGAACGAAAAAGAGCACACACAGAAGAUGAAGAUUUGGAACUGUCCGAUGAUGAAGACUACGUUCCAUAUGUGCCUGUUAAGCAGAGAAAGCAGCAAAUGCUGCAAAAGCUGAUGCAAAUGCGCCGAAAGGGAGUGAUAGAAGACGAGCAGAAGGACAGUGGCAGUGACCACAGAGGAGAUGAAGAUGACAUUGCCUUGGGACCUCGAUCUAAUGUCAGCCUUUUGGAUCAGCAUCAACACCUGAAAGAAAAAGCUGAAGCUAGAAAAGAAUCUGCCAAGGAGAAGCAACUGAAAGAAGAAGAGAAAAUAUUGGAGAGCGUGACAGAAGGGAGAGCGUUGAUGUCUGUCAAGGAAAUGGCUAAAGGCAUCACCUACGAUGACCCCAUUAGGACCAGUUGGAAGCCUCCCCGUUAUAUCCAAACGAUGUCCCAAGCACGCCAUGAAAGAGUGCGACGCAAAUAUCACAUCCUGGUAGAGGGGGAGGGGAUUCCUGCUCCCAUCAAGAGUUUUAAGGAAAUGAAACUACCCGUAGCUAUUUUACGGGGAUUAAAGAAGAAAGGAAUCCUCCACCCAACUCCGAUACAAAUCCAGGGAAUUCCAACAAUAUUGUCUGGAAGGGAUAUGAUCGGAAUUGCUUUCACUGGUUCUGGUAAGACGUUAGUCUUCACGUUACCAGUUAUCAUGUUUUGCCUGGAGCAAGAGAAGAGAUUAGCUUUCACUAAACGAGAAGGACCAUAUGGGCUCAUCAUUUGUCCUUCGAGGGAGCUGGCCCGUCAGACACACAGCAUCAUCGAGUAUUACUGCAGGCUGCUACAGGAGGAUAACUUCCCUCCUCUACGUACUGCGCUCUGCAUUGGAGGGAUGUCUGUCAAGGAACAGAUGGAAACUAUCAAGCAGGGGGUGCACAUGAUGGUAGCAACACCUGGUCGUCUCAUGGACCUGUUACAGAAGAAGAUGGUUAGUUUGGAUAUCUGCAGAUACCUGGCUCUGGACGAAGCUGAUCGUAUGAUUGACAUGGGCUUUGAAGAGGACAUCCGAACCAUAUUCUCCUACUUUAAGGGACAAAGGCAGACCCUCCUUUUCAGUGCUACCAUGCCCAAGAAGAUCCAGAACUUUGCAAAGAGUGCUCUCGUGAAGCCUAUAACAAUUAACGUUGGCCGGGCAGGAGCUGCCAGCUUGGAUGUGAUACAGGAAGUGGAAUAUGUGAAGGAGGAAGCAAAGAUGGUUUACCUACUAGAGUGUCUACAGAAGACCCCACCACCUGUUCUAAUAUUUGCUGAAAAGAAGGCAGAUGUAGAUGCCAUACAUGAAUAUCUCCUUCUUAAGGGUGUAGAGGCUGUGGCCAUACAUGGUGGAAAAGACCAAGAAGAGAGAACCAAAGCAAUUGAGGCUUUCCGUGAAGAGAAGAAGGAUGUCCUGGUUGCUACUGACGUUGCAUCCAAAGGUCUGGACUUUCCAGCGAUACAACAUGUAAUAAAUUAUGACAUGCCUGAAGAAAUUGAGAACUACGUUCACAGAAUAGGCCGUACCGGUCGAUCGGGUAACACUGGCAUUGCAACUACUUUCAUUAACAAGGCGUGUGACGAAUCUGUGCUGAUGGAUCUUAAGGCUCUGCUCAUGGAGGCGAAGCAGCGGGUGCCCCCUGUCCUCCAAGUACUCAACAGCAGUGAUGAGACCAUGCUGGACAUUGGAGGGGAAAGAGGUUGUGCUUUUUGUGGUGGUUUGGGCCAUCGUAUUACAGACUGUCCCAAGCUGGAGGCCAUGCAGACAAAGCAGGUCAGCACUAUUGGCAGAAAGGACUACCUUGCAACCAGCUCCAUGGAUUUCUGAGGAAAAACAUCAGGGUUCAUGGAUCGGCUUUACCAACAGAUAUAUUUUAUUUUAUAUUCUAUUGGAAUAUCUUAGACUGGUUUGUGGGUCUCCACUUCCAUUGUUCAUCUAUGUGAACCGGACUUUGACAAAGCUUUGCUGGUUUGUCUGUAUUCUGGAAUAAACCCAUGAACGUCAUACUACAUGGUGACAGUACUUUUUUACCUGUCAUUAACUAAAAUAACACAAAACAUGAGUUUCUAUGAAAUGUUUUUACCUGUUUUACCGAAAAAGGACUGAUUCAUAAAUGUUUUAUAUGUAUAUAUUGUUACUAUGGUGGUAAUUACCAUGAAUAAAUAAUCUGUACAAUAACCCGUGUAUUUGUAAAGGAAUAAUAAAGGGUUGACUCCUAGUUAUAUAGGCUGAAAAAAGACAUGCGCCCAUCAAGUUCAGCCUUUCCCAUAUCUGUUUAUUUCUUACUUUUGGAAAUGUAAACAUGGCUGUCUUAGAUGCGUGUUCUAAACAUACUAAGUAGUCUUGGCUAAUUUAUUCAAACUUACAGCUUCUGCUUUAACCACCAUACACCAUGUAAUAACUUCCAAUAUAUGUCUGUUUCUUGUCAAAAGUGUUAACAAUAAAGUAAUCCGCCCCUAGGCUUUUAGUCUAUGUCACGGAGCUGGAUAGUCCGAC